CACUCUACACGUUUAACUUCAGGCUCUACCGCGGUGCGACGCCAGCCUCAUAGAUAUUGGAGCCUAUCAGGUAAAGCAAGCCUCUACUUCAGACUCACUGACGAACACGUGGUAGACGCGGUCCCGUUCCCCAACGCCGCACUCUCUACAGGUGAGACACUCUACACGUUUAACUUCAGGCUCUACCGCGGUGCGACGCCAGCCUCAUAGAUAUUGGAGCCUAUCAGGUAAAGCAAGCCUCUACUUCAGACUCACUGACGAACACGUGGUAGACGCGGUCCCGUUCCCCAACGCCGCACUCUCUACAGGUGAGACACUCUACACGUUUAACUUCAGGCUCUACCGCGGUGCGACGCCAGCCUCAUAGAUAUUGGAGCCUAUCAGUUGAUGGUGUGCUGCUGUACACGGCCCUCGUAUACCAGGAGCCUCCGCUCAUCACCAAGAUCAAAAAGGAACUGGAGCAGCUUUUAAAGCACAGCAGCAGGAGCAUCAGGCUGAGUUAAGAGAAUCAGCGCAGAAUGGCCCUCACCAGGAUCCUGAUUGCUGGAGGGCUGCUACUCUGCCUCUACACACUCUGCUCCUCCACAGCAACGGCAGAGCCGUCGUUCCUGGUGACCUUCCCUGCCCAGAUGAGGUCAGCAUCCGAAGCCAAACUGUGUGCCAGCCUCCAGAGUCCUAACGAGACUCUGCACAUGUCCAUAUAUCUGACCACCGGAGACGAGAAGAAGAUGCUGCACCAGGAGACGUCAGACACAGACUUCCACCGCUGCGUCCACUUCCAGGCCCCAUCGGUAAAUAAAGACUCUGUGCAGAGUAUCAAAGUAGAGGUCCAAGGUCGUACAUCUCACUGGACUUCAGAGAGUCGGGUGAAGUUCAGGCCAAAACCUGAUCCUGUGACCUUCAUCCAGACAGAUAAACCCAUAUACAGUCCAGGCCAAACAGUGCAUUUCAGAGUGGUUACCAUGGAUACGGAAUUCAUUCCCCUUCAGCAGAAGUACAGCCUGGUGACACUUCAGGAUCACCGUGGCAACACCAUUGGCCAGUGGCUGAACGUGUCGUCGGAGCGUAAGAUGCUGCAGCUGUCUCACGCCCUCAACCCAGAGGCUACCCAGGGCUACUACAUGCUGUCUGUGACCGGAGAGCAGGGUACAGGGUCUCAUCAGUUUCAAGUGAAACAAUAUGUUUUACCCAAGUUUGACGUGACUCUCAACAGCCCAGAGUCAGUGAGUGUGGGAGCAGCAGAGAUCCGACUGCAAGCAUGUGCCAAGUACACGUUUGGGGCGCCUGUGCCAGGGAAGGCUACUCUGUCUUUGUGUCGAGAGACGGAUAUCCGAGGAUUUGGAGGCGAUGACGUUGAUCCCACACAAUCAGUAUGUUGGGAAGAACUGGUGGAGAUGGACAAGUCUGGCUGUGGCUGUUAUGUAUUCUAUAUGGCAACAUUUACACAGCAAGACUUGAACCAAAAACUGAGGGAUAUUCUAAUAUUCAAGGCCACAGUAGUUGAAGAAGGAACAGGUAUCAGUCGUUCAGAGGUCAAAAACAUAGAUUUGGACUUCUCUCUUGGGAAACUCUCCUUUGUUGAUACACCAAACGUAAUUGAGGACGGGGCAGUUAUGGAGGGCAAGAUCAAAGCGACCCAUUACAAUGACACUGGCAUCGCUGGGAGGAUGGUCCAUCUGUUCAAAGGUCCGAGAUGGAAUGCAGAACUUCUGCUGAACCUGACCACAGACUCCGUUGGAGUGGCCCAGUUCUCUCUCAACACAGCUCCUUUCCCAGGGGACUUUGAGCUCUUUGCCAGCCUAACUACAGACACCAACACAUACAGACCAUAUAACACCCCAUACUAUGACUCGGCAUCAAAGUCUGUGUCCAGAUUAAGAACAGCAUCUCCAGACUCGGCGUCCUCCAGCUCUCUGGCCAUAAUAGAUGACAAAAUAGAUGAUGCUCUUCAGUGUGGCAAAGACGUACCCAUCACCAUUAAGUACACCUUCACUGGGGAGACUUUCAACGCAGACUCUGUGGAUGUCAUUUAUAUGGUUUUAUCAAGAGGACAGAUUGUUCAUCAUGGUUUUGCUGAAGCUUCAGUGAAGGGUUCUCCACCAGUAACUCUGGGUGAGGUUUCCUUCCAGUUGUCCGUCAGUGCUGAGAUGGCCCCCUCAGUGCAGGUCCUGGCCUACUGUGUCUUACCCAGUGAGACGGUUCUGGCUGACAGCAAAACCUUCUCAACGGAGAAGUGCUUCAUAAACAAGGUGUCGGUGCAGUUCUUCCCCCCUAAAGCGGUUCCUGGAGAGAAGAGCUCCCUGCAGCUGUCCGCCCAGCCUGGCUCUCUCUGCGGCCUCAGCGCUGUGGAUCAGAGCAUCUUCAUCCUGGAACCUGGGAAACGCCUGAACGCUGACAAGGUUUUUGAUCUGUUCCCGCCGAUGGACUCAUUUGUGGAUUAUGAAGUUGAAGAUCCAGUAGAGUGUCUGAAAGUGAGACCGCGGCGAUCUUUGUACUAUCCUCCGGGACUCUCUGCAACUGAUGCCUUUGCAGCUUUCCAGAGGUUGGGGCUGAAGGCUGUAACUAACCUGGUUUUGCGGACACCAGACUGCUUACUGUACCGGGGGGAGACGUACCACAAGGGAUUCGGGUAUCCGUAUCGCAAGGUGGCCUUUGGAGUUGCUGGAAAUGCUGCACCAGAUGCUCCAGUGCCGGAAAGUGUUGGUGUGACUGUUCGUACAAUCUUCCCUGAGACGUGGAUCUGGGACCUGGCAGAGGUCGGGGGGUCUGGAGAAACACAAGUCCCUCUCACUGUCCCUGACACCAUCACCACCUGGGAGAUGGAGGCGUUCUGCCUGUCCCCCCAGGGCUUCGGUCUGGCCCCACCAGUUCAGCUCACAGUGUUCCAGCCCUUCUUCCUCGAGCUCUCCCUGCCCUACUCCAUCAUCCGUGGAGAGACCUUUGAGCUCAAAGCAACAGUUUUCAACUACCUGCCCAAGUGCAUCAUGGUCACAGUGACUCCAACCCCUUCAUCAGACUUCACUCUGACCCCCUCCUCUGAUGGCCAGUACUCCUCCUGUCUGUGUGCAGAUGGGAGAAAAACCUUCAAAUGGACGCUAGUGCCCUCUGUACUCGGAGAGAUGAGCGUGACUGUGAGUGCGGCCGCUGAGCCGUCUCGGACUCUGUGUGGCAAUGAAGUGGUGACCGUCCCAGAGAGAGGCCGCGUAGACGCAGUCACUCGCUCCCUCAAGGUCAAGGCGGAAGGAACCGAGAAGGCAAGAAGUUUCAGCUGGCUCUUAUGUCCAAAGGGGGGCGCCCUGACGGAGGAGGUGGAGCUGACACUCCCAGGGGAUGUAGUUAAGGGAUCAGCCAGAGCCUCUGUGUCUGUGCUAGGAGACAUCUUAGGUCGUGCUCUGAAGAACAUCGACAGCCUCCUGCAGAUGCCUUAUGGUUGUGGGGAGCAAAAUAUGGCCGUCCUCUCCCCAAAUAUCUACAUUCUGCAGUACCUGCAGAACACUGGCCAGCUCACUGCAGACAUUAAGGAGAAGGCCACCAACUUCCUCAAAAGCGGAUACCAGAGGCAGCUGAACUAUAAGCAUCCUAAUGGAGCAUACAGCACGUUUGGAACAGGAGAUGGAAACACAUGGCUCACUGCAUUUGUGUUGAGGUCGUUUGGAAAAGCAAAGUCCUUUGUCUACAUUGAUCCAAAAGUUAUAACGGAUGCGAGCACUUGGCUUGGAGGAAACCUUCGACCAGAUGGUGUUUUCAAUAUGCAGGGGAAACUCUUCAACAACAGAAUGAAGGGGGGUGUAAGCGAUGAUGUAACAAUAACAGCUUACAUCGCUGCAUCAAUGCUUGAGCUGAAUAUGAGCACUGUUACGCAAGAAACCAUGAGGUUCCUGAAGUCCUCCGCCAGUGACCGCUCCAACACCUACACCACCGCUCUGCUGGCCUACACCUUCAGCCUCGCUGGGGAAGCAGACCUCCGAGCUGAGCUGCUGAAACACUUGGACAGCGUAGCGACCUCUGCUGGGAGUCUCCUGCACUGGUCUCAGUCCUCAUCAGAGCAAGCUGAUUCCCUGGCAGUGGAGACGAGUGCUUAUGUGCUGUUAGCUGUUCUCACCAAACCCGCCCUGACGGCUGCAGACCUGGGCUAUGCUUCCAGGAUCGUCAACUGGCUGGUGAAGCAGCAGAAUCCGUAUGGAGGCUUCUCUUCCACACAGGACACGGUGGUGGCACUGCAGGCUCUGGCUCUGUAUGCCACCAAGGUCUUCAGCCCACAUGGCUCCGGCACAGUGACCGUGCGGUCAGCAGGGGGCGACACACACCAGUUUGAUGUGAACCAGCACAACACACUGCUGUACCAGGAGAGGGCGCUGCGCCACGUUCCUGGGAAGUACAGCGUGGACGUGAAGGGCUCUGCAUGCGCUUCUGUGGGGGUCGCUCUCUUCUACAACAUCCCCACUCCCAGUAAACAUUCAACCCUGAGCAUUAAGACUCAAGCCAAGCCUCUGACUGAGGGACAGUGCAACAAGGCCGAUGGGCAACAGGCCUUCAGCCUCCACAUCACAGUCCAAUAUAACGGACCACUGCAGAGCACGAACAUGGUGAUAAUAGAUGUGAAAAUCUUAUCUGGCUUCACUGCUGACGCUGAAAAACUUCAGGGCAGCAUGUUUGUGGACCGAGUUGACAGGAAAGAUGACCACAUCCUUGUGUAUCUGUCAGAGGUUCGAAAGGAUAUACCUGUUGACUACGAACUGACCAUCCAACAGGAUUUGCCAGUCACCAACCUGAAGCCAGCAGGGGUCAAGGUGUAUGACUACUACCAGACCAGUGACCAAGCUGAGGCUGAGUACUCCUCCCCUUGUGCAGGUCAGGGGACAGCAGAAGGAAGAGGUCAUUAAGUGGAAAUUAUUUUGACAUUUCAACUCUUUAACUUGCUGAUGUGUUUGAUUGUAUAUCUGUAAUAAAUACUGCAAUCCUA